UAAAAAUUAUCCAUCAGAACCGGACAAGAAGCGUGCGCGAAGUUCCAGAUAAUCCCAAAGAAUUUCCUGUGAACAUCAAACGAAGCGCCAAACGAAAUGGCCGACGACGACAUAGACGAGUACCAAACGCUUCAACAGGUGUUGGAAGCUAACAACAUCUACGAGCCUCGAAUGCAAAUCGAAGAGAUGCGAACGCUGUGCAUUGCGCUCGAGAAGGUCGAACCGGAAGCUCCGGAGCAGAAAACGGAAGUGGUUGGCGCAGCUGCCCCUCCCGAAAACGACACUAUUGAUAUCGUUAAAAAACUGUUUGAAAAUCACAAGAAUAAACUGAAGGAGUGCGAGUGCCUUCCGGAAGUUUCGGUGGUCCUGGAUGAGGACCCGCUGAACGUGGAUCAGGGGUGGAAACAACAAACGACCGUGGAAAAUAACGUGAAUCAGUCUCAAAACAGAGGAAAUGGACGCAGUUUGAGAAAUAGAGUUCCACGAAAUUACGCGCACCAGUUGGAGCAACCUGAACCGAGACGACUAACCAGAAAGCAGCAAAAACAGGAAGACGAAGAGUAUCGAAAACUUCGUAACUUCCUUAAAAAGCGAGACCUGUUCAAGCCGCCGAUGGACAUUGAGGAAAUGCGCGCCGUUCGCCAGGCCAUCGAGCAGUCGAUGCAGGACAUCAAUCUGAAGCCGCGCGAGCCAGAAUUCGAGGAAUGGACGAUCCUCGAUCCCGAACGCCACCAGGAGCAGUUACGCAACGAGAAUUGGCAGCCGUCGAACGAUCUGAACCCGAUCUUUUUGGACGACUAUCAGUUCGAGAGCGCGCUGUCCCCGCCCAAGUUGCCCGUCGCGCCCGAGUCGCCCGAGCUGAAAUAUCCGCCGGAAUGGUCGCUACCUUCGGAGCGCAGAAAGUCGGACGUGACGACGCUGUCGGUGCCGCCGAACGUGGACAGUGACAGCGAGACGGAGUACUCGCCGGAUUAUCCCGGUCCUUGCUGCAAGGUGAUUCACGCGGUCAACGUGGAAGUUCAUCCGGAACCGCGGGAAGAUCGCGAGGAAGGGGACGCUGACGGAUCCCUGCUGAAGAGCUGCAAAGUGCUUAUGAACUCGCUGAUGUCUCCAUCGGUGCCAACGGAUGCGUGGGACGCCAUCGAUGAGUUCUUCUAAACUUAUUCCGAAUUCUGAGUUGAUUUGCUAAAA